AUUGAGAGUAGACUUUGCACUGCACAGAUCAUAAUAGGAAGCAAAGUGGUGCCAGGCUAAAAGUGUUGUUGAUAGAGACAAUAUGAGCAGUGUGCAGCCUCCCCCUUCAUACAACCCCUAUUAUGCCCCGCAACAUCCAAAUGAAAUGCAGGGCAAAGUUGGGGAGGCACCUGUUGGAAUGAUGCCCCCAGCUGAUGUACAAAUCGAUAUAGGAUUUCCAGACAGCAGUCCCCCAGAGUAUAACAUAGGCUUUGAAAAUGUGAACUGCUUUUCAGAUGCCUCCAUAAGACGAGGUUUCAUAAGAAAAGUGUACCUGACGCUUACGGUUCAGUUAUUACUAACAGCUGGAAUUAUUUGUGCUUUUCUCUAUUGGGUGACACUCAAAGACUGGGUGAGAACCGCAUCAUGGUUUCCCUACACUAUGAUGUGUGCAACAUUUGUUCUAAUCAUUGUGCUUGCUUGUUGUGGAGACAUACGCCGAAAGGUUCCCUUAAACUUCAUCUUCCUAGGGCUGUUUACGAUUGCUGAAGGUUUGCUCCUUGGAUCAGUAACAGUGUUCUAUUCAGCAGAGGCGGUGCUUUGGGCAGCUGGUGCAACUGCUUUAGUGUCCCUUGCAAUGAGUUUGUUUGCAAUCCAGUCUAAAUGGGACUUUACACUUGCUUCUGGAAGUAUGUGGGCAAUAUGCUGGACACUGUUAUCUUUUGGAUUACUUUGUGCCAUUUUGAGAUCUCAGUAUCUGUACAUCGUUUAUGCAUCGCUGGGAACAUUGGUCUUCUCUUUGUACUUGGUGAUGGACACUCAGUUAAUCCUUGGUGGAAAGCACAAAUACAGCAUCAACCCAGAAGAAUACAUCUUUGCUGCGCUCAACUUAUACCUUGACAUUGUAACAAUUUUCUUAUUGUUACUUCAACUUAUUGGAUAUUGUCGUUGAUGUGAUUAAUGAGAGCAUUUAAUGGAUGCCCCACUUAUUCAAGCACUUGUCUUAUGUAUGUCCAUGUGGUUAUUGUUUACUCCAUUGUGGCUGUAAUAUAUUGCGCUGAAUCCUCAUACUACUGUAUUUUUUGUAAGUUACAUUUAUUAAAGAGUACUGUCAUUCA